AUGGAGCGAAAUCCACCGAGAUCGAGUGUAGAAGGGUCACAUGGAAGUGAUUCAUCUUCGUCAAGUGGCGAAGCCUCACAUGGAAGUGAUUCAUCAGGGUCGUUCGAAAAAACAGAUUCGCAUAGAAAAAGGACCGAGGAUUCUUCUCCGGAUUCAGAUAGCGAGGCCGAGAUACCACCGAAACCGGAAUUUUAUUAUGAUUUCGAUGAUAUGAAUACAAUUUCGGUGAAAGUAUCUUCUAAAUGUUUUCACAUCGAAGCAGUGGAUUUUCUGGAAAAGUAUUUCACCGAAGAAGAGGAGAAGCAUUUCACAGAAAAAUCUCAAUUUAGGCAUCUGUUUCAUAUGAAAAAGAAGCAGACUUUGAAGAUGAGUCCAAUGGUUGCGCUCAUCAAUCGUGCGGUGAAGACAAAGAGGGAAAAUGAACUGUGGUUCGUCAUUAACGGAAUAGUUGAUGAUGUGAAGUGCUGUGAAACAUUCCCAUGGGGAACAUUCACCUUCCAGAAUGUUCUUGGAUCUGUGCAUAAUUACUUGAACAAGCACAGAAAACCGUUGAUAUUGCAGAUGUUACCAUUCGAGUGCAUUCCUAAACUUCGCAGCGAUGGAUGGUACAGUGAGGUGAAAUUGGAAGGAAAUGUGACUGAGGCAUGUCCAAGGAUGUGUAGAAGAUGUUUCAUCCCGAACAAAAAGUAUGGAAUGAAACAAGGGUUGGCAAAGAUUGGCAAGACACAGGACAUUGAAAGCUAUCUCCAACCAUCCAAUGGUGAAGAACGUCUGCUUAGGGGUGUUGCAGUGAGGGAUAGAGAACCAGACGAUGUUAUUACUUGGAAUGAUAUUCUCGAGGAAGAUGUCAGAUCUCGCAUUGAAGUUCCAUUGAUGAAGCAACAGAACAAAAGGAAAGCGAUUGUUUCAACUAGAAAAACUGAGAAAAAGAGAGGAAAAAGUAAUAAAGGCAAAAGACUCAUCAACGAGUAUGAAGAAGAAGAAGAAGAAGAAGAAGUGGAAAAAGAACGUGACUAUAGUAAGGAAUUGACCAUGUUGAGAUCUGAAAUGACAUGA